AUGACUGAAUAUAUCAAUCUGGAUUUCCAUCAUGGAGGAGUGAUGGAUUUUUCUGGUGAUUCCCCAAAGUAUGUUGGAGGGUUUUCGGAGAAGUUCAAGGUGGAUGUUGAUGAAGUUUCCUACUUUGGGAUUCUGUCUUUGUGCACUGGAUACUUGAACUACUACGGAGUCCGGAAGAUGUGGUACUUGACUCCUGGAGCCACAAUGGCAGAGGGAUUACACGAAAUCAUGACCGACAAGGAAAUCAUGGAGGGUCUGCUAGUUGAUACAGCACAGACUAAGGAGGUCUCACUGUUUGUUGAUUGUGUCGAGGCUGAUGAUGGUUUGAUGGGUGACAAUGACACUGCGGACAACAUAGCAAGGCUUGAAAAUGAUGAUGACUACUUUGAAGUGGGGGAAUAUUCGGUUGCUAAGGAGAUAAUGCACGUGGCUGACUCUAGUGAUGAGGAGUCAUCUGAGAAGCAGAAUCAUCUUCCAAUGGUCAACAGUCCAGAUAGUGAAGCAGGGGAAGAGGUGGAUCAGCCUAUGGGAGAUGAUGGUGACAUGGACGAGGAAGAAGAUGAUGGAGACUACAUUCUUGAUGAAGAUGAAGAAGAUGGCGAAGAUGAGGUCUCGGUUUCUGCCCAUAGAAGAACAGGUUUGUUGGAUGAGGAACCCGCAUAUAUGUUCGAUGAUCUGUCUUUCUACGAUCCAGAUUGUGAUCACAAAGCGUUGGAGUUCACAGUUGGGAUGAUGUUUUUGGAUGUUGAAGACUUUAAAAAGGCAAUUUCAAACCAUGUUGUGGCUGCUGGGGCUAGUGUGUGGUGUAAAAAAAGUGAUGAAAGUAGGAGGGAGUACAGGUACAAAGACCAGAAUUGUUCUUGGAGGGUUUAUGUUGCCUGGUGGUCAGGGAAUGCGUUUUUUAUAGUCAGAAGGGUUGGGUUGCCUCACUCAUGCACUAGGUCGACUCGAGUAAACCUAGCAACUGCUAGGUUUAUUGCCGAGCACUUCCUUGAGCGUUUCAAGAGUGAGCCAGAUUGGAAAGCCCCACUUAUUGCGAUGGAGGUGAAACGUGAGCUUGGAGUUGAUGUUGAAUUGAAGGUGUGUUAUACUGCGAGGGCCAUUGCUAAAGAGAUGUUAUGUGGUACUCUUGAACAAGAGUAUAACAAGCUUCGUCGUUAUGUGGCUGCACUAAUAGCAGCAGAUCCUGAGGGACGUUUCGAACUUGAAGUUGAGCCGGAUGUGCAAGUGGCUGAGAAGGUGCAUUUCAAACGGUUUUAUGUUGGGUUUUCCAGAUUGAGAAAGGGUUUUUUGGCUGGUUGUAGGCCAAAUUUUUCCAUCGAUGGUUGCUUCCUCAAGGGCGAGGUUCCAGGAAUGCUGCUGACUGCCGUUGGGAAGGAUGGGAACAGUCACAUUUACCCAUUCGCAUGGGCUGUUGUGGAGGGUGAGAACAAGAGUUCUUGGAAGUGGUUUCUAGAGCAUUUGCAAGAGGAGUUGGGAUUCGGGGACGGGGUUGGAUGGAGCGUAGUUUCUGACCAGCAAAAGGGGUUAGUUGAAGCAAUCAAUCUAGUUAUGCCUAGUGUCGAGCAUCGAAAGUGUGUCCGCCACGUGUUUGCAAAUUGGAAGGUCAAGGUUAAGAAUGAGAAGAUGCGAAAGAUCUACUGGGAGGCAGUUUAUGCAUUUAAUGUGCCAGAAUAUGAGACUGCCACGACCAAAAUGGAGGCUUUCCAAAAUGCACAAGCAGUAAUGACCCCAUUUUCAGACUUUAUGGAGCAAGACCCCAAGUCUUUUUGUCGUGCUUUCCUCUCUCGACUCCCAAAAUCAGACUUUGUGGAAAGCAAUAUUUGUGAGAGCUGGAAUAAUGUCAUUGUGAAGGCAAGGGAGUAUCGGAUAAUUGCAAUGUUAGAGGCCAUUAGAGGGUACAUUAUGGUCCAAAUGAGGAAGAAACGUAAGAAGUUUGAGAAGAUGCAGUCAGUUAUAUGUCCAGCUGUCAUGAGUACGAUCACUGUAGAGGAUUUGAAGGCUAGGAUGUAG